CCCCAAAGAACCAACCGUAUAACAGAACAUCAAUGGCAGAACAACGAGGAAAGAAACGAAGAUUAACCUUAGAACCCCCUAAUCACCCUCAUACUUCCAACCAUCAUAAUCAUAAUAUUAUUCAUAACAGUAAGAAACACAUUAUUAGUAAAAAAAGAAAAAGAAGAAGAAAUCGUGUAGAUGAUGAUAGUCGCAAAUGGGCUUUCUCUAAAAACUCUGAUUCUUCUUCACUUUACAAAGAUAAGUUUGUAUUUGUGUCAUAUAAUAUAUUGGGUGUUGAAAAUGCUAGAAACCAUAUGGAUUUGUACUCUAAUGUUCCCUUUAAGUAUUUGAAUUGGGAAUAUCGGAAAAGGGUUUUAUGCGACGAGAUUGCUCGUUAUUCUCCUGCCAUUUUGUGUUUUCAGGAGGUUGAUCGCUUUGAUGAUUUGAAUAGAAUUUUACAAAUAGAUGGGUUUAGAGGAAUUUACCAGGCUCGUACAGGGGAAGCAUGUGAUGGUUGUGCCAUAUUUUGGAAAGAUGAAUUAUUCUCACUGCAGCAUGCGGACACCAUCGAGUUUAAGCGGUCUGGCCUGCGUGACAAUGUUGCUCAAUUUUGUGUGCUAAAGAUGAAUGGGAACCCGAAUAUUGAUGACACUGAAAAUGUAAAGUCACCAACGUCUCGGAGCAUAUUAGUUGGAAAUAUACAUGUGCUUUUCAAUCCAAGUCGCGGGGAUAUUAAGUUGGGUCAGGUUCGAUUAUUUCUUGCAGAGGCUCAUAGACUUUCUCAGAUUUGGGGCAAUAUACCUGUUAUCCUUGGCGGUGAUUUAAAUAGUAUGCCUCAGAGUGCAAUGUACGAGUUCAUAUCUUCAUCUGAGUUGAACAUCCUACAUCACGAACGCAAGAAAAUAUCUGGGCAGCUAUGCCCAUUAGAAUACCCGCAUUUUCAAUCUCCUAGUAAUUAUUCUUCUAGGUGGAGUAAAGAAGAAUUACAGCUAGCUACCGGAAAUGAAGGAUCUAGUUACCUUAGGCACAAUUUAAUACUGAAAAGUGCAUAUCAUGGAGUCCCAGCGAGCCGUUUGACAAGAGAUAAUCAUGGAGAACCCUUAGCGACAUCCUUCCACUCCAAAUUUAUGGGUACCGUUGAUUACAUAUGGCAUACUGAGGAUCUUGUUCCUUUGAAAGUUCUUGAAACAUUACCAAUUAAAGUUUUGAAGAAAACAGGAGGGCUUCCAUGUAAGGAUUGGGGAAGCGACCAUCUUGCUCUUGUGUGUGAACUAGCAUUUGCGAAUGAUUCUGGUAGAAUACUUGACGAUGCAACAUGAAGAAGUUAACAUUAAGACAAGUAUUCAGUCUGAGAAUAUUCAAAUAAUCAACUGUAUGUGGUAAGAAUUCAUGUAGGUGUUUGAAUCUCAAGUUAAAAAAAACAUGUUCUUCGUUGGAUGUUGGUUAACUAUGUUUCAAAUAUUCAUUCAUUCUCUCACACACCCUGAAAAAAAAUUCAUGAUUUAACUAUUGUAUUAUAUGUAAUACAGAUGAUUCAGUGUCAUUGUAAGAAUUUUGUCGAUCA